CUCCGCCAUCUUACGGAAUAUCCCGCGCCGAGUGGCGGAGCCCGCUGAGGGAAGCAUCUUCUCAGUUUUCCCUACAGGCUGUUCCGGCAACGACGUGGAACCGUCGUGGUGGCAAGGGGGUUGCGCCGAGCUUCCCCCUUUGAGGUUCUUGGGCCAGGCAGCGGGUUUUAACUUCAAACUAGGGAAGUGAGGAUUCGGGUUCUGCAGCCCGUUGAGUCUCAAAGGAGGCGUCCUUGCUCUUUGCUUACUUUGCUGCACGAAUGUAACCUGUAACUUUACGCGAUGCUUGAGUAUGUGCUUUGAAUCCAGUUGGGAUGGAUUUUACAGAAGCCUAUUCUAAUAGAUGUUCGGCUGUUGGGCUAGUAGCCAGAGAAGGCAAUGUUAAACUUUUGAAGAAACUAAUCAGAAAAGGAUACAGCAUUGAUGUUCCUGAUAACAGAGGUUGGAUGGCUAUUCAUGAAGCUGCAUUUCAUAACACAAAUGAAUGUCUAAAGCUUUUAAUUCAAGCAGCACCCUCUGAGAACUACAUAAGAUCCAAAACAUUUGAGGGUACUUCUCCAUUACAUCUUUCUGCAAGUAGGGGAAACCUGGAAUGUACUGCUAUUCUUCUGGAAUCUGGUGCUGAUCCUGAUGAAGUCACUAAUGAUGCCACCACACCCUUAUUUCUAGCUGUUGAAAACGAACAUACUAAUGUGAUUAAGCUUCUCCUUCAAUAUGGAGCCGAUAUUAAUGGAUCCCACUGCUGGUCUGAAUGGAAUUCUUUGCACCAGGCUGCUUUUCAGAAUUAUUCUGAAAUACUGAAAAUACUCCUAGAUGAAGGAGCCAACAAAGAAUGUGUAGAUGAUUUUGGGAUCACACCUUUAUUUAUUGCUGCACAAUAUGGAAAACUGGAAUGCUUAAGGAUACUUAUAUCAUAUGGAGCAAACAUCAAUUGUCAAGCAAAAGAUCAAGCCACACCCCUCUUCAUUGCUGCCCAGGAGGGCAAUGACAAAUGUGUGGAGCUGUUACUAGCCAAAGGAGCCGAUCCAAACCUAUACUGCAAUGAAGAAAAAUGGCAGCUACCUAUUCAUGCAGCAGCACAAAUGGGACACAGCAACAUAUUACGCAUGCUAAUACCAGUUACUGACCGAGCUUGUGGUAGUGCUGAAGGCAAAGUGAGUCCUGUCUACUCUGCGAUCUACAGCGGUCAGGAAAUUUGCUUGGAACUUUUGCUUAAAGAAGGUUACAGUCCGGAUGCUCAGUCUUGUCCUGUUUUUGGCUGCAAAUCGCCAAUGUAUCUUGCUUUUCAAAAAGGAAGUGAAAUAAUUCUCAUUCUUCUGAAAUAUGGAAUCAAAAUUCUUGAAAUAGAUUUAGGCCUCUGCCUGCUACAUAGAAGAUACAAUCUCUUUCGGCAUUUCUUGAGGAAGGAUUGCACGCUCCCAUGUCAGCUGCACCUAGUAGAAUUUUCAAAGUGUGCAGUCGUUGCUGGAAAUGACUACAGAGAAUGGCUGCCCUCACUCUUGCUAGCUGGGUUUAAUCCUGUGAAUCUUCUCUUUCAUGACUGGAUUUUCUCUGUAAGCAGUGAUGCUCUGAACUUCCUUCUGGAAUUUACUAAUUGGAAGAGGCUUCCGUGGAAUGUGGAACAGGAUCUUUCCAGCCGCAAGGCCACUUCCGCGUGGAUGCCCUGUAGUUACUUUGAACAUAUCCCAUCUUUGUCUCAUCUCUGCCGCCUGGAGAUUCGGUCACUUUUAACAAGUGUUUGUUUGCAAUCAGACCAGCACAUCCGCCAGUUGCCGAUACCUACUUGCCUACAAGACUUUUUACUUUAUUUGGAUGUAUUAAGAACAUACUCCAUUUCAGAAUCUUGGCUUAAGGUGGGAGAAGUCAAUGAAGAAAGUACCCUGCCAUCUUGUUCUAAUUCAGAACAUAAAGAAGAGAAAAAAUAGAACUGCUAUCUGAAUGUUUAAAGAGUUUUCCACUUUUAUAAAGAAUGUUCUGUUUGGUGGUUGUUGCAAAGGUAUUCAUUUCUCUUCUGUCGCUCACUAUAAGAUAAUUUCAUUCAACAGUCCAGAAAGAAUUUCCUCACAUGUCUCUCAAAUGUGUUGGACUUAAAUUACAGCAAUGUUUUGAAUGCACAUGGAUGCUUUCGGAUAACUUACAUCUUUUGUGAGUUUCCACUCAAAAUAAAUAAAAAAUGUCAUAUAAACAUAGAUCAUGUCAAUGAUCAGUUGCAUCUAAGACAAGCUGUGAUGACAUCAAAAUGACAACCUGUGUGACUUGACCUUAUGUGGCAGACUUUUCAUGCUACUAUGACAUCUGAUACAACAACUUUCUUUGUGUAACAGAGUUAUCAUACAUGUUUUACUCAUUUGCCCUCCAGGGGAUACUGAUGACAGUGGUCACUCCAAAAUUAAAAUACAUUUCUUGGGAGUAUUCUUGAUAAAGUAUUUUGUUGUUGCCUUUGCUCACAAUAAUAUGAAUUUAUUAACAAUAAUAAAUGAAAUUUAUGAAAUAAAUAAAUGAAUUCAUGUCUUG